UUACGUUAGCACUUGUGAACCAGAGUGCAUGCUUUCUCUCUCCCUCUUUUCUUCCAGGAUAAGAUCUCAUCAUCUGAGGAAAUAUUAAAUACAUACCGACCCCACUUCUGAUAAACAAACACUGGUCUUAUCAAUCCCAAAUCCCCAAUUUACAAAACCAAAACUAAAAUUAAGAGAAACCCAUUGUUCUUUCUCAAAUUUCACAACUUGGGUUGGUCUUAAUUUCUGUUCAGCAUUUUUUUUUUUUGAAGUAGAAAGAAGGGAAUAAAUCUUCCACUUGUAGCAAGCUUUUAGCUUUAUUUCUCUGCUGCUACUGCGUAUGCAGGUUCUUUAUGCUCAGAGGGUUUACAUCUACAUGGGCUAUCUUCAUUCAUCUGCUCAACUGAGGCAGUGAGGUGGAAGGAGGAUUUGGUCGUGGAAAAUUGAAACGUUGAGAAUCAUGGGAAAUUUGUAUGAGGCAUCAAAUGGCCACAUGGUUGUGAGACAAUCCAAGGUCUCACUGCCCUGGCUUGAUGUAAGAGUCUUUUAUGUCAGAAUUAGCAAAUGUGAGAUUGAUGAUUCCGCUCCGGAGUUCCUCACAGUAAAUCACAUUCCAUUGGAUCCUGAUACCCUUCUUGAAGUCAAUGGUGUUAGAACUAGCAUCUAUUCAGAUGGGGCGACAACCCUUCUUAGAAGGGAUAGGUUAGAUAAGAAGUCCGAAGAAGCCACAUUUGUGAGCACUGACAGCAUAAGGAUGACUGGAAGUGUGAAGUUUGAGGUUUUGGACAAAGACGUUGUGGUCUUAUCUGGCGUUCUAGAACUGUGUAAUAGUAAUGGUUUCGUUGCGGAAACAGAUCAUCAUGGUCAGAGAUGGAGCAUGAGUUGUGAAUCAGAUAUAGUUGCAAGCACUGGCUUCUUUAAAGGAAGGCAAUUUAUGGGGCCAGAGUCUGCUUCGCCUUCGAUUGAGGUAUACAUUGCCGGGUCCUUCUCGGGCACUCCAAUAAUUUUAACGAAGACUUUACAGCUCGGUCUUUGCAAGAGGCAUGUGAGGAAAGGGUUGCUGGAUUCCAUACCGGAGUAUGAGGCAACUGAAGACCAGAAAAACAAUCCUCAUAGGUUCGCUUUUCAGCGAUUCACCUGUGAAACUUUCUUAUUGCAUAAGCACCGAAAAAGUAUGUAAAUUGUUGCGUGUUAGAUCCACCGGCUAGAUAAUGAAUUGUUGUAGCGGCACAGGCUCAUGUUGUGAAGCUAAAGGUCGUCGUACCCAGUGCACAAGGCUCCCGCUUUAUGCAGGGUCUGGGGGAGGUAAAUGUCGGCUAGCCUUACCCCCAUUUAUGGAGAGGCUGCUCCCAAGUCAACAGAACAAAACUCAUUUUAUCAUCGUAUAUGUUCUCGAGUUGUUUAUGUUAGAGAUAUAUGAUAUUCCUGUGCUUUUUGCUGAUCAAUCAAGAAUCUAUCAAAAGGAACGGCUACUAUGUUAGGUGAUAAGACAAUGCAAAUCUAGUACCUCAAAGUACACUGAAAUUCUCUCUUGUUUACUUGUCUGCGAGGUCAUAUUGCGUAUCAUGCAUACCGGCAGGACUGAAUUCAUUGGUUCUUUUUGAAACCCUUCUGUGCAGCACGGUGGUUUGUUUCUACUAAAAGAAAAUCAUUCCGUCUCUGUUAAACAUCUUUGUAACAUGCUCUCGUUUUAAGGCCUCCUUUGGUGUCUAGGAUUCGACCGGAAUGGAUUACCAACCAGAUUUAGCGUAUGUUAAAAGUCAGAAAUGGAUUCCAACUUAGAAAUGUUGUCUGCGUUGAAGGUAGAAGAUGGAUUAGUCAUACAUAGAAUAGAAUGCAUCCAUUAACAUUCAACAUACAUUGAAUGUGCGAUUUAUCCAUUCCAAUUCAAUCCAAUCGUUGGCACCAAACGAGCCCCGAGGGUUUUUGAUGACGGUCUAGUUCAGUCUGAAUCUUUUCUUA